AUGGCAGGGAAUAUCAAAAUACCCGGCCAUCAGUCGGCAUGGCGCGGGAAGUAUAAGAUACUUACACCUGAGGAUAGUUCAUUAACCCAUCCUACUUAUGGAGAGCCACACAUGGUUAUAGGGACAUACCAGCAGAUCAGGCUACAUAGUCAAAUUAUGUCUGAUCCUAGCCAAUAUUGCUUUUUAUUCGACGAAUACCAUGAACAAGACCCACAAAUGGCAUAUUUGUAUCAGCUUCUUAGCAAAUCAUCAAAACCACUGAAAAUAUUGUUAUUAUCAGCAACUCCAGAAACAAUACCAAUGAUAAUUUCUAACCUACACAAAGCUCAAAUCCCAAAACGUUUCAGAGCACAAAUCUAUAGAAGGGAUGAUGACAUAGACCCAAUUUGCAAUGUGCAAUGGGCUGAAAAACAAUUCCCAACAUUAGUUAACCCUCAACAGUCUAAUCAUCUGUUGGAGAACCAGAAUAAUUGGAAAACUGGUCCCCCAGACCCUAAUGCAGGGAUUGUUGCUUCUACAAUUGUCAUGACCAGAAUAAAUUUACCUAGAUCAAUCAAAGCUUAUAUUUCAGAAGGCAAACACAUGGUAAACAUAAAAGGUCAGCUUCACUACACCUGGACAGAUGCUGCAUCCCACCUUCAAGAAACAGGCUGUAUUUCACGACAUAGGGAUGAUGACAUUUUCAUUGUUCCAAAAUCAGCAGCUGCAAAUGGGAUCCUCAAGAACAGUAUAUCCUAUAUUGACAUCAGAUCAAUGGUUGAUGCAUCCAAUAGUUUUUACUACAAUGUUCAAGACAUCAAAACAUAUGGUGGUUCAUGUUUCCACCCACCUUUAUUGCCAUAUAAAGAUCAGAUAAUACCAUAUUGGAAAAAACCAACCCAUGAUUUAAUUAUAGAUAUAGCAGAAAAACAUUUUAAGGAAUCAACAUCUUCUUAUAUAAAUAUUAUAUCAAACAAUUCUUCUUACGACAGCACACAUACAUAUCACGAGAACACUAAGAGAAUGACCUUACAAGUGCCAAUUUGUCUCAUUUGUGCUAAAUGGCUCAAUGUGAUUAAUUCAGAGCCUCAUAGCCACUCGUCCAAUAACGAAUGGGAUCCAUAUUUCAAGUUGUCACAGCAGGAAUUAUUGGAAUAUCAUUUUGAACCAACCGAGUGUCAAUAUACGGUCAAACUCGAUUCACCGCUGACAAAACAUAGGAAGAUCUUUUAUCAAAAUAACAAAAGGCCAGUGUGGGAUCCACAUAUAUUUAAAAGCUUUUGUAACAAAAAAUACAAAUACGACGAAUACGUUCAAAAUCUGCAGGAAACACUACUUGCUACCGGGUUGUCACAGCAGACAGCAGACAGGUUAAGUGCAGAACAUGACUUCCGGGCAAAUCAAGAUUUGUCCUAUCUUUUCGACAACAAGACGAAGUCAAUAAGUCGUAUUUCGGGAGGGACGUUCACAAAAUUGAGAAAAAAAGGCAAAGCAUGUAUCUUUAAAGGCUACCAAUUUCUUUUAGCUCUUUCGUCACUACCAUAG